AUGGAUUCAUUAACAGCCCCUCUCCUUCACAAACCUCUAGAAAACGCGGUUGCGGAACCCGUGGGCGACCGAGUAGCCACCGCGAAUGGCGCCGCUAUGAACGGCGCGAGCGACGGCGAGGAUCACUUGGAUGACGUGGUGGUUCUGCGCCGUUCCACGGGGAAUUUGGCUGGACUCGGCGCUGCAUCCGGAGGGAAAGGGGGGAAGGGCGGUGUCGGCGGAGGCAGGGCGGAAGAGGCCGCGAUGCUGAGCGGAGGGCACGGGGGUGGGGGCGGGGGAUUGUGGAGCGCGGUGUUCAAUCUGGCGACGACGAGCGUGGGCGCGGGCAUUAUGGCGCUUCCCGCUACUGUCAAGGUGCUGGGCCUUCCGUUGGGGCUGUUGCUGAUUGCGCUCAUGGGCGCGCUGACGCACAGCGCGGUGCUGAUCAUAGUGCGCCUGGCGGCCGCCACCAACUCGCCGUCGUACGGCCACCUCAUGGGCACGCGCUUUGGCGAGCGCGGGCGCGUGCUGUGCGAGGUGAUGGUCAUGCUACAGGCUCUGGGGUCGCUCAUCGUGUAUCUCAUCAUCUCUGCGGACGUGCUGUCAGGCACGUCAGAGGCGGGUGGCAUGGUGCACCACGUGGGGCUGCUGGAGGAGCUGGCAGGAGGGCCCACGUGGUGGAACGGCAGGGCCGUGGUGCUGCUCGCUGUCACCACCCUCGUGCUGCUGCCACUCGUGCUGCUCCGCCGCAUAGACUCCCUCAUGGCCACGUCAGCACUCUCAGUGGGCCUAGCAGUGCUCUUUGUGCUCUUCACAGCAGCAGCAGCGGUGGUGCGCGUGGUGCAGGGGCGGCUCCCCCCCCUGCGCAUGGUACCGGACGUGUCGUCAUGGCAGUCAGUGCUGCUCAUCUUUACCGUCGUGCCUGUCAUGACCAACGCCUUCAUCUGCCACUACAAUGUCCAGCCCAUCUACCGCGAGCUCAAGGACUCCCCCUCCUGCGUUGCCCCAGCGGCCACCAUGGAGCGCGCAGCAGGGCUGGCGCAGGUGAUCUGCACGGCGCUGUACGGCACCACGGCGCUCUUUGCGUACCUGCUGUUUGGGGAUAGCACUGCUGCUGAUGUGCUCGCUAACUACGACCAGGACCUGGGUCUCAGCCAGGCCAUGGACGACAUAGUGCGGGUGGGCUACAUAGUCCACCUGCUGCUCGUCUUCCCCAUCGUGCACUUCCCCUUGCGCCUCACCGCCGACAUCCUGCUCUUCCCCAAGGCGCGCCUGCCGCUGUGGCGCUCGCAGCGGCGCUUCUUCUGGCUCACGGCGGCCACCAUGGGAUUCAUCCUCGCGUGCGGCGUGCUCGUGCCCGACAUCUACGCGCUCUUCUCGCUGCUCGGGGCCAUCGUUGCUGUCUCCAUCGGCUUCACCUUCCCCGCACUCCUCGCUUUGCUAACCCCAGGGCUAACGUUUACAUGCACAGAGAGAGUGGCGGUGUGGAGCAUGCUCGUGGUGGGCGUGGCAGUGAGCAUCACGGGCGUGGCAUCAGACGUCAUUGUCGCCUGCCAGUGGCUUUCGCGCCUCCACCAACCCCCCUCCGACCCACACCUGCCGUCGCCCAAUGCGCCGCUAUUCUUGCAGUCUUCCAUUCCACUUGCUGGAGUAUGGCCCAUGCGUCACUGA